GGGCGCGCGUAGGGGGCGUGGCCGGGCGCGCGGCAGGGCGCGAGAGCGCGCCCGCGGCGGCUGUGGCGGAGACUGUGCGGGGGGCGGGGAACAUUGGCUAAGGCGACAGUGGAGGCUUAGGCACCGGUGGCGGUGCUGCUCGGCGCGCGGCCAGCUUUCUAGUUCGGAACGGAACCCUUGGCGUCGCGGGCUCCGCCCAGAAAGUUUGCCGUGGAGUCGCGACCUCUUGGCCCGCGCGGCCCGGCAUGAAGCGGCGUUGAGGAGCUGCUGCCGCCGCUUGCCGCUGCCGCCGCCGCCGCCUAAGGAGGAGCCGCAGCACCCUGGGCCACGCCGAUGACUACUGCAAACUGUGGCGCCCACGACGAGCUCGACUUCAAACUCGUCUUUGGCGAGGACGGGGCGCCGGCGCCGCCGCCCCCGGGCUCGCGGCCUGCAGAUCUUGAGCCAGAUGAUUGUGCAUCCAUUUACAUCUUUAAUGUAGAUCCACCUCCAUCUACUUUAAACACACCACUUUGCUUACCACAUCAUGGAUUACCGUCUCACCCUUCUGUUUUGUCACCAUCGUUUCAGCUCCAAAGUCACAAAAACUAUGAAGGAACUUGUGAGAUUCCUGAAUCUAAAUAUAGCCCAUUAGGUGGUCCCAAACCCUUCGAGUGCCCAAGUAUUCAAAUUACAUCUAUCUCUCCCAACUGUCAUCAAGAAAUAGAUGCACAUGAAGAUGACCUACAGAUAAAUGACCCAGAACGGGAAUUUUUGGAAAGGCCUUCUAGAGGUCAUCUCUAUCUUCCUCUUGAGCCAUCCUACCGGGAGUCUUCUCUUAGUCCUAGUCCUGCCAGCAGCAUCUCUUCUAGGAGCUGGUUCUCUGAUGCAUCUUCUUGUGAAUCGCUUUCACAUAUUUAUGAUGAUGUGGAUUCAGAGUUGAAUGAAGCUGCAGCCCGAUUUACCCUUGGAUCCCCUCUGACUUCUCCUGGUGGCUCUCCAGGGGGCUGCCCUGGAGAAGAAACUUGGCAUCAACAGUAUGGACUUGGACACUCAUUAUCACCCAGGCAAUCUCCUUGCCACUCUCCUAGAUCCAGUGUCACUGAUGAGAAUUGGCUGAGCCCCAGGCCAGCCUCAGGACCCUCAUCAAGGCCCACAUCCCCCUGUGGGAAACGGAGGCACUCCAGUGCUGAAGUUUGUUAUCCUGGGUCCCUUUCACCCCAUCACUCACCUGUUCCUUCUCCUGGUCACUCCCCCAGGGGAAGUGUGACAGAAGAUACCUGGCUCAAUGCUUCUGUCCAUGGUGGGUCAGGCCUUGGCCCUGCAGUUUUUCCAUUUCAGUACUGUGUAGAGACUGACAUCCCUCUCAAAACAAGGAAAACUUCUGAAGAUCAUGCUGCCAUACUACCAGGAAAAUUAGAGCUGUGUUCAGAUGACCAAGGGAGUUUAUCACCAUCCCGGGAGACUUCAAUAGAUGAUGGCCUUGGAUCUCAGUAUCCUUUAAAGAAAGAUUCAUCUGGUGAUCAGUUUCUUUCAGUUCCUUCACCCUUUACCUGGAGCAAACCAAAGCCUGGCCACACCCCUAUAUUUCGCACAUCUUCAUUACCUCCACUAGACUGGCCUUUACCAGCUCAUUUUGGACAAUGUGAACUGAAAAUAGAAGUGCAACCUAAAACUCAUCAUCGAGCCCAUUAUGAAACUGAAGGUAGCCGAGGGGCAGUAAAAGCAUCUACUGGGGGACAUCCUGUUGUGAAGCUCCUGGGCUAUAAUGAAAAGCCGAUAAAUCUACAAAUGUUUAUUGGGACAGCAGAUGAUCGAUAUUUACGACCUCAUGCAUUUUACCAGGUGCAUCGAAUCACUGGGAAGACAGUCGCUACUGCAAGCCAAGAGAUAAUAAUUGCCAGUACAAAAGUUCUGGAAGUUCCUCUUCUUCCUGAAAACAAUAUGUCAGCCAGUAUUGAUUGUGCAGGUAUUUUGAAACUCCGCAAUUCAGAUAUAGAACUUCGAAAAGGAGAAACUGAUAUUGGCAGAAAGAAUACUAGAGUACGACUUGUGUUUCGUGUACACAUCCCACAGCCCAGUGGAAAAGUCCUUUCUCUGCAGAUAGCCUCUAUACCCGUUGAGUGCUCCCAGCGGUCUGCUCAAGAACUUCCUCAUAUUGAGAAGUACAGUAUCAACAGUUGUUCUGUAAAUGGAGGUCAUGAAAUGAUUGUGACUGGAUCUAAUUUUCUUCCAGAAUCCAAAAUCAUUUUUCUUGAAAAAGGACAAGAUGGACGACCUCAGUGGGAGGUAGAAGGGAAGAUAAUCAGGGAAAAAUGUCAAGGGGCUCACAUUGUCCUUGAAGUUCCUCCAUAUCAUAACCCAGCAGUUACAGCUGCAGUGCAGGUGCACUUUUAUCUUUGCAAUGGCAAGAGGAAAAAAAGCCAGUCUCAACGUUUUACUUAUACACCAGUUUUGAUGAAGCAAGAACACAGAGAAGAGAUUGAUUUGUCUUCAGUUCCAUCUUUGCCUGUGCCUCAUCCUGCUCAGACCCAGAGGCCUUCCUCUGAUUCAGGGUGUUCACAUGACAGUGUACUGUCAGGACAGAGAAGUUUGGUUUGUUCCAUCCCACAAACAUAUGCAUCCAUGGUGACCUCAUCCCAUCUGCCACAGUUGCAGUCUAGAGAUGAGAGUGUUAGUAAAGAACAGCAUAUGAUUCCUUCUUCAGUUGUACACCAGCCUUUUCAAGUCACACCAACACCUCCUGUGGGGUCUUCCUAUCAGCCUAUGCAAACUAACGUUGUGUACAAUGGACCAACUUGUCUUCCUAUUAAUGCUGCCUCUAGUCAAGAAUUUAAUUCAGUUUUGUUUCAGCAGGAUGCAACUCUUCCUGGUUUAGUGAAUCUUGGCUGUCAACCACUGUCAUCCAUACCAUUUCAUUCUUCAAAUUCAGGCUCAACAGGACAUCUCUUAGCCCAUACACCUCAUUCUGUGCAUACCCUGCCUCAUCUGCAAUCAAUGGGAUAUCAUUGUUCAAAUACAGGACAAAGAUCUCUUUCUUCUGCAGUGGCUGACCAGAUUACAGGCCAGCGUUCUUCUCAGUUACAACCUAUUACAUAUGGUCCUUCACAUUCAGGGUCUGCUACAACAGCUUCCCCAGCAGCUUCUCAUCCCUUGGCUAGUUCACCGCUUUCUGGGCCACCAUCUCCUCAGCUUCAGCCUAUGCCUUACCAAUCUCCUAGCUCAGGAACUGCCUCAUCACCGUCUCCAGCCACCAGAAUGCAUUCUGGACAGCACUCAACUCAAGCACAAAGUACAGGCCAGGGGGGUCUUUCUGCACCUUCAUCCUUAAUAUGUCACAGUUUGUGUGAUCCAGCUUCAUUUCCACCUGAUGGGGCAACUGUGAGCAUUAAACCUGAACCAGAAGAUCGGGAGCCUAACUUUGCAACCAUUGGUCUGCAGGACAUCACUUUAGAUGAUGAUUUGUUUACCAGUAAUAAUUUUGACUUGCUUCAGUUGAGACCUACGUUUUGGCCAGUCCCAGCAGGAAGAUAUCUGAGGCAUCUAGAGUGAACGAGAUAAUUGGGAGAGACAUGUCCCAGAUUUCUGUUUCCCAAGGAGCAGGGGUGAGCAGGCAGGCUCCCCUCCCGAGUCCUGAGUCCCUGGAUUUAGGAAGAUCUGACGGGCUCUAACAGUGCUCACUGCAGCCUUGUGUCCACCACCAACUUCUCAGCAUGUUUCUCUCCUUGGACCUUGGGUUUCCAACUCUGCAGCCUUCAGGUCUGGAGCCAGGAGUGGGACCCACCAUUUGUGGGAAAGUAGCAUUCCUCCACCUCAGGCCUUGGGUAGAUUUGGCAAAAGAACAGGAGCAGCAUAGGCUGUUUGAGCUUUGGGGAAAUGAGCUUUGCUUUUUAUAUUUAACUAGGAUACUUUUAUAUGAUGGGUGCUUUGAGUGUGAAUGCAGCAGCCUCUCUUGUUUCCGAGGUGCUGCUUUUGCAGGUGACCUGGUUACUUAGCUAGGAUUGGUGAUUUGUACUGCUUUAUGGUCAUUUGAAGGGCCCUUUAGUUUUUAUGAUAAUUUUUAAAAUAGGAACUUUUGAUAAGACCUUCCAGAAGCAAAAAAAGAAAAAAAAAAUAUCCCAAGCCCACACCUAUGCCUCAGAAAGUCAGCAUGUGUCCUGAAGACUUUCAUAGAUUUAUAGGAAAUAAAGCCAAAUGUAGCUCAUACCUCUUUAUAAAACUAAACUGUUGUUAGAUAAAAUGAGAAGAGACCAUUCCAUCAUUGAAGUGUUGGAAUAUAAAAAGACAUUCCAGAGCAUAGCCUUUUGGUAACUUUCUAGGUAAUCUUGCAAUCUCUCCAUACUGGCUUCAUGUUGAAAUUGCUUUUUCCCUCAGGACCCUGGGUAAGAUGGCUACAUUUAAGGUGACUCUGAAUGGUGGGGUUUUAGCUUGGUCACUUUCAUUUCUUGCCAUCAUAAAAACUAGGAGGCUGUGGAGUGCUCUUCCUGUUUGUGUCGUCUGGUCCUAGAACCUUUUCCAAACAGAAGCAUCUGCCUUUGGCUGUUCUGUGACCUUUGAAGCCAGUCUCACAGUGGUUUAGGCAGCUUUGCAGUUCUAACUCUUCUCUAGAGGCCAGGCUGUGUGCAGAGCUAAAGCACAAAUGAGCAGUACAUCAGCAUGGGCAGAGAAAAAUACAGGACUCUAGAUGGGAAGGUUUUAAGAGUCACUCUGGCAUGGAAGGCUUAUCUGCCGUUCUGUUUAUAGCCUGAAAUGAUUCUGGCCUACCCUGUCCUGUCUGUAUGAUCUAAAAACCAGCCUUUUCCCCAGAAGGCUCUGAGCACAUCCAGAAGUGAUAACCUGACCCUCCACACCAAAGACACCCUGGUGCUGCUGCUGGUGAGACUGGUGUCCAAGGCAGGGCCCAGCAGAAACUGCAGCCUGCUGUCUACCAAAGGAGGUACCCGAGUUGGGUACUUUAAAAAAAAAACAAACCUGCUCUUACCCCUCUCCCUAAUGGGAUUUUUUACCUGUUCCUGGGCCCAUUACACAGCCUCUGAAGUUUGCAGUAUGCUUUCAAAUGAAAUAAUAUACUUUCAUUGAUUCAGGAAGCAGAUUUUUUGAGUGCCUAUAUGUGAGACAGUGUGCUGGUUGAAGGCCUGAUGCUGUUAUUCCAGGAGACUGCAGGCCCUUGAUGCCAGGACUCUCUCUACUAAGGCCACCUCAGGUCUGGGAAAGGGAGCUGGCCUAUUGCCCACCACCUGUUGUCAGUAGGGUAGGAGCUGUUGACUCAGGAUGAGGAAGUAUGGUCUUUAAAAAAAAUAUAUAUUUUAGAUUUCUCCCCUAAAGUUAGUUAGAGAAAAAGGUCUAUCCUUCAGCAGAUCACUGUGGCCCCUCUUGGAGCUGGGUGUUUUCAAAUUUUCUUGAAAAGUGAGUUGUGUCACAGAAUGUGGAUAGUGAGAUUUGCUUCUGGGCCUGUGGUUGGAAGCCCACAGCUUCCUUUGGAGGGGCAAGAAGUUGGCCUCUCAGUUGACAUUCCAGAGAAAUGGCCAGACUUGCUUCUACCCUUUUGUCCCUGGUGUAGCUGCCUCAUAUGAGGUUAUUGCAAGAGUUCCCCUUGCAAUACCCUUUGGGGGCUGCUUUGCUGCCCUCAAGAAUUAAAAGCCUCUAUGAUCCAGAGUUGCUAUGCACCAAAUUUUGAUGCCUUCUAAAUACCUUGAUGCCUGUAGCACUAGAAAUGCUUUCCUAUUUAAAAUAAACAUUAAAUUUUAAAAUAGAGCUUUGUAUACUAGGUAAGCAGUUUUAUAUCAGCUUUGUAAAAGCUUUGGUGUUGAGUCAAUAUUUUUUGGCUUUGUAGAUAAAGACUUAAAUUUUUGUGCAACAUAGUGGUGUGAAAGCACACAUCCAUUGGACUAUGCAAAUCAAUUUCUAGUAGCAGCACUGAGCAACUGGGCACAUGCUAGUACGCACCCCCUCCUACUCUAACUGGGCUAGCUCUUGGGUUGAGGAAUGGAAUGAGUAGCCUUCUGCUUACUGGAGAUGCACAGAGAAACAUGGCUGAAAACAGCUUUAAAAAGAACAUGUCUUUGAUAUGUGUGGUGUUGCUGCCCAGGUGUAAACUAUCCCCACCCAGGGCCAGCCAUUAUCACCAGACCUCUUCUGGGCCUGGCUGUGAAGCCGUUUUUGGUAUUCAGAAUGGAUCUUUAAGGCUCAGAUGGGCUCAAAUUGAAACCUUGUAUUUUAUAAAAUGGAUGUUUAGUAAAGGAACUGGUUCUCAGUUAUGUUUACAGCACUUGGAAUUGUGUGUUCUUGUACAUUUUGUAUUUUAAAACCUUUUAUGGGAGUGCAGUGCUCCUUACACAAAUACAAAGGGAAGAAGAGCCAGCAGUUGAGGCUCCUCAGUUUUAGUGCUGAAAUAAUAAACAGUGACAGGUCAACAGUA